UCAUUCAUGGGGCGGGACGAUUGUGGGCUGGUACCAGCGGUGGUGCGAUGGGAGGGGGAGUUGAGGGAGGAAGGGAGAGGGGGGCAGGACGAGAAGCAGCAAACACAAACCACUGGGGCAAGUUAAAACCUUGGCCGUCACGGCUGCUGGCUCACUCACACUGCUGCUGCUUGCUUGCUGCUGACUGCAGUCUUUCUAACGGUGCCGUUGUGUGUGUGUGUGGUGGUGGUGUGUGUGGGUGGUGGUGUGUGGUAGUGGUGUGUGGUGGUGGUGGUGGCGUCGGGGUCAAGCGAGCGGACCGCACCAAUUUCUUCCGGCUCUAGCGAACGUCGGACCGUGACUUUGUCUCUUCAUCUUCUCCGGCUUGCAGGGCUGCCUUGCCGUUGCAAACAUCUCCGAUGGUGUACGCGAUGAAUCUCUCCAGGUUGGCAGACUGGGCGCUCGGAUGCUGACCGGUGUGGUCGCUUCCUCGUGGUUACCGCUCUCCGGCAAGUCUGCUGAAAAUCCUCCGCUCUCCCGGCUUGGCACGGGUCCCGCGUGCCACCUCCGCUGGCCUCGUGCACGUGGCCUGGCUCACAAAAGUCCUGCAUAGCUGGCCCCUCUGCCAUGCGCAGAGCGACCCGGUCGUGACGGUGGAGAGCUCCGUCGACAUCCGCAAGGAAGAUCCUCAAGUUUCAGCAGGAUGGUCUUCAGGAAACACCUUCCUCUGUAUUCUGCCAAGAUGGCUCUAUGAUUAAAAGGUUCUCCAAUAGCUAUCUCUGACAAUUUCCACCUCUGCAUCUGAUCGUUGGGGAACAUCAGGCCUCUAGAAGAGAUCAGCAGUCCACCUGUCUUAUUGAUGUGGACAGUGGAGGCAGCACAAACUCACCGAAACGAUGAUGAGCAAGGCAACUUUCCCGAAGCCCCCUGACGGCGGGUGGGGCUGGGUCGUGGUUUGCAGUUGCUUCAUGGUCACCGCAUGCACGCGUGCCAUCACAAGGUGCACCGAGUGAGCCAGGGGAAGAGACGGGUACUUGUUACCAUGAUGGAGCAGCACGGCUUUGAGGCUCCUGGAUGAGCUGUCAAUGAAGAGGCGCCACUCAUUCUGGUUACAGGCAAUUCCGAUUGCCUCGAACAGACUGGUCACAUUGUGGCAGAAGCAGAGCCCAUCUUGACGGGUGAAGAAGCUGCAAAAAGAUGCAUACCAAUUUUCUUCGUGGAGUUUCAACAACACUUCUCAAAGGACACAUCUACAACUGCAUGGAUUAACUCAAUAAUGGACUGCACCACCAUGCUGUGUGCCCCCAUUGGAAGCCUGCUGAGCACUCGCUUUGGCUGCCGGGCCACGGUGAUGUUUGGUGGCCUGGUGUCAUCCUCUGGUUUCAUCAUUGCCUCCUUUUCCCCAACCAUCGAAUUCCUUUACCUGUUCCUGGGACUGAUGGCUGGCCUAGGCUUCGCGCUGUGCUACUCCCCCUCGAUUGCGAUUGUCAGUCGCUACUUCCAGAGGCAUCGGCUCUUGGCCACAGGGCUGGCCAUGUCCGGCAACGGAGUGGGCACCUUCGUGUUGGCACCUGUGGUCCAGCUGCUGAUCGAGGUGUACGCUUGGCGGGGAGCGCUGCUGCUGCUGGGGGCCUUUGUGGCGCAGCUGUGCGUGUGCGGAGCCCUGCUCAGGCCCCUGGCCUCGCCGGCCGCUCCCACCGCCAAGCCCGGCCUGCUCGGCAAGCAGCCGGCAGAGACAGCGACGCCUCUCGACCGCUACAAGCCGCGCAUGCUGUGCGAGGUGGCGAUGGCGGCGGCGCGGCGAGGGUGCCGCGGGGCCCUGGCGUGCAGGCCCGAGCUGCCCGUGCUGUGCCUGUCCGUGUCCCUGCUGGCCUACGGGUGCAUCACGCCGCUCGUCUACCUCGUGCCGUUUGCGCACAGCGUGGAGACGCCCGAGAGGCAGGCGGCCUUCCUGCUCUCCCUCCUCGGCGUGAUGGACAUCGUCGGCACCGUGACGUACAGCUGGCUCAUCGACCGCGAGUGCCUUCGGUCGCGGCGAGCGCACUGCUACUGCGUGGCGGUCGGCCUGUACGGCGCGUGCGCCCUCGCCCUCCCCGCCAUGCGCAGCUUCUCGCUGCUCGUCGCCUUCGCCGCCCUCUACGGCUACUUCAACGGCGCGUGCACCCCGCUCAUCCCCGUGCUCGUGGCCGACCUGGUGGAGCCGGCGAGCGCCAGCACAGCCAUCGGCCUAAUCUACGCCAUGCACGCGCUGCCCUACCUCCUCGGCCCACCCACCGCAGGCUGGCUGGUGGACUUGACGGCAGAUUAUAAUGCCGCAUUCUUCCUCAGCGGAGCCAUCAUCAUGCUCGGCUCAGCCACGUUUGCGCUGGCCACCUGCGCGACGUUGGCAUCGGUCACCUGCAACAAAGGGCACCUGAAAGCCCCUUCAGGACAUGGGGAUGUCUAGGGGCCCACCAGGUACACGAGUUGUAUAUAAGGAGUGUGCCUUCAGCCGUGAAACAUUUUGAACAGUUUAAGAUGUGCACCUCUUUCAAGAUGCCUGGUCAGUGUGGAGGAGGAGUGAGCCAAAAUACCUCUCUUGAGGGGCCUCGCUCCCACUAGUGGAGGCCCUUCCACCAGCAGUGGCAUGAACAAGCAAUCGCAGGGCUGCACCUUUGCCUUUUAAUAGGUGCACCCAAUUCCAGGGCACGACCUGUAUGUAUGUAUAUAUAAGAAUAGUUUUUACCCUUUCUUGCAACAAAACAGGUGCUAAGAUUUGAAAACAUCAAACUGAAACUUUUUGCAAGGAAUCAUGUCUGCAUUAACCACAUAUACUUGUGGUGAACAUGCAAACAAAAAACAUGCUGUGACAGUAUGUGCAUUGUCUUCUGAUUGGGCCACACCAGAGACAGCUUUCUUUAGAGCCUAGUUUCAGAAAGUGUUAGAGCAGAGGACGCCAAAAAGCGAACAGCACAAAGACAAUGCCACUAUCAGGGCAUUGAGAGCUCGGGUCGAACAGCUACAUCAAGGGACCUCCUUUGCCAGUAUCAAAAUAUAGAAAUAGGUUUUACCCUUUCUGGCAAUAAAACAGGUGUUAAGAUGUUAAAACACAAAACUGCAAUGAAUCAUGUCUGCUUUACCCACAUAUACUUGUGGUGAACAUGCAUGAUGUAGCUGUUUUAUUGCCAGAAAUGGUAAAACCGAUUCUUAUAUUUUGAUACUGGCAAGGGAGGUCCCAUGAUGUAUGUAUGUAUGUUGAACUUUUUUCGCACCGUACGUAGCCAAAUGCCAGAGGUCUGGAAAAUGGGGCAUUUAAAAAUGCUCAGUACAUUACGUUGAAGAUCAAUUUUCACACUAAUCUCAUAAAAGACACAAUCCUGAUGGAUUUUGUUAUAUCUGCUGAGUCCCCCUUGAAUCUUCACAUGGAACUUAACCAACACUGCAGGUGGAAUGUGGUGUGGGUCAUUCACAUUAGCAUCUACAUAUCAAUGUGUUGUAUACCACCAUUGUCUCCUACAUCAUCAUCAAGUUACAUGUUAUUGUUCCUCAUGUUUAUUUUACAGUGUCUCAAAGUGCACAAUUAUCAAACAUUUCUGGUUGUGGUUUGCUAUCAUGACUUUAACAGUAUUUUAUAUUGCGACUUUUACACUGGUUAUGUCUCAAAGGGCACACACACACCCACAAACCAGACGAUUGAGGGGCUGAGCUAUUGCCAGCAGUCCCUUUCUGAAACCUCACAUUACGGCGUACAUUGAAAUGUGUAAUUUUUAUUUGGAUCAAGGUUGAGAAAGAAAACACUGCGCGCUCUUGCGAGUGAUGUUACACGAGUAAUUUGCGUCCACUUUACCAGUUUUAUAAUGGCGUUAUACAAGUGCAAUCAAGCAACCAAGAACAUUUGGCAGUAUAUUAGUGGUGAUAUGGAUCUUCUAUGAUACAGUAUUUAAUUGUAUAGUAUUUGUGUUUGCUCUAAUCAUUUUUUUUAUUUAGAUCAUAUGCUGCCAUGAUGUAAUGGUUUUCACACUGGGCUUGCAGUCCAGAGAUCACCAAAAUUUGAUUCCCCGGCACGGCAGUUGAAGCAAUUGGCAAGUUUAUUAACCCAGCCCCACCUCUGUCCACUUAGUACAAUGGUCCAUCGGUUAACGAUGUUAAUGUGAAUUGGUUCCACGAAACCCAUCGUUAAUUGAAGUUAUCAUUAAUCGACUAUAGGAAAUACAUGAUAAAGGCUUAAUUUGUUCCAAGACGAUGGGAAGUUUAGCUUUUUCACCUUAAAAACAUAGUUUAUAACUUUUAAACAUGCAAUUUUAAUACAUAAACGUUAUAACAUAUGAAAUAAUUAAUAUUAAUAGAAACAUUGAAAAAUAAUGAAUAAAUAAAUAGAGCAUACAAAGGUGCAUAAAUAGAGCAUAAAAGAAAAAUUACUACCUUAGGAGUUGGGGUGGGAGAAAAUUAAUUUUUGGAAGGAGAGUCUCCUUCCAUUAGAGUCCUCUGGAGGUUCAGGGGUGGUGGAGGUUGAGGGAUCAUUAGCGAGCCAGUUGCUCUCAAAACGCUCAGAAAAGGGCGUUGCUUAUUGGCUGAGGUCUGCUGAGUCCACUUUGGAGCCCUCCGAUUGGCCGAAAUUGGCGGCCGCGUGGUAUCUUAAACUUGGUUAAUCGAAAAUGUAUCCUUAAUAGAAACAAUGGGACCCUAUGGGAGGCAGAUCGUUAAUCGAAGGCAUCGUAAACCGAGGGACCACUGUAGUUGGAAUCUGUACACCACAGUCUAUCGGCAGGUCGCAUGCCAUGGGGUAAAGUGUGGGUACUCCUCCCCCCUCUUUUGAGAUGUCUGGCCACCGUGGAAGAGCAGACAAAAUACCCUUGAAAGGGAUACUUGGCAUGACCGUGUAAUUGCAGGGCUGCUCCUUUGCUGUUUAUAGAUGAGUGUCAAAUUGUUCCACUGAUACUUGCAUUUCCAAGAAAAGUUUUCCUGAAGUCUACCUCGCUUUGAAAAAAAAACAUUGUAAAAUGUGUGUACUACAUUACUAUUGUAAAACGAAUUGGGUUACUAAUUUAUUGAUGUAUUAAGCAAUAGAUAUUUUUUUAUUAAAUUAAGAAAAUUCUAUUAAUUAAUAUUACGAAUUACAAUCUUAUAACAAAGUAAACUAAAUGUCUCGGCCUCGCUAUGUGUUGCAUUGUACCACUAUUCGAGCAGAUCAACUUCGUGUUAAUAACACAUACAGACUUUGCCAGGAUGAACGUCAAAUAUUCCUAUGCGUUUCAUGAAGAACGAAGUAAAACUAGUGAUGAACACUGCAGCAUCAUAACUUUCUGCUUAAAUAACAUCAAUCUCAAUAGGUAUUGGAUGGACCAAGCAUCCAAUACCUAUGCUUGUUAAUGCAGUUGAUCUCGUUUGCAUAUGCUGCAUGUUGCAUGCAAUGGAAGAUAGCUUUGUUCUGGAAAGCUCAUCUUGAGUGCUUUGCACCAUGCAGUGAUGCCACCCAUUGCAGUUAUCAGUGGCACCUCUGUGUGUAUGACGUAGGCAGUUUGCAAUAUUAAUUAGAUGCUCUAUAGCUUACAAGAGCAUUGCCCAGUUUGGGAAGUAUUCAAAAUGGUGCAGACUCAAUGGACUUCUUGGCAGCAUGCUUGUAAACAAGGUUGUCACUUGGGGACGAAUCUCAUUGUCUAACUCGGGUUCUACGAGCCCAAAGGACUCCUUGGUGGUACAUGGGCCACCGCCAAGUCGUAACAGGAAUGCGGGAUCCGAGAGCAACAUGGUGUGCUUCAGCAGAGAUGUAGGGAUGGACCUAGUCCCGAGAUUUGCUGGAUUCUAAUUAGUUGGAAUGUAAUUCCAUUGCUCUGGAUGCGUCGACUUCCUGAUGCGUUCCACCCUGUUGCUGAUGUAGAUGUAGAAUCUUCUGGUUUGGUUGUGUAUGUAUCCUAGUACGACCUUGAUAUCCAUAUAGAACUUGACAGCGUCUGGUUUAAUAUUCAAUUCGUCCAAAAUUAAUUCCGCCAAUUCUGUAGCUAGAACGGAUCCACACAGCUCAAGACCACAUAUCUGCAGUGGGUCAAAACACUCAAUAAUUUUCACAAAAACGUAUUUUUUUUCGUGAUUUUUAUUUUGGCGUUGCUUAGGAAACGUUAAUGCACUUAGAUAAAAAAAAACGGUGGGGAGUAACUUUUUUGAUCGUUUUCAAAUAGAUGGCUUUCAUCGAUCACAUCUCCUCAUUAAGGUGUAGUCUUGUCAUAUAUAUAAAUUAUUUUUUAAGAAAUCAAUUGUGUAUGCCCAUGAAGUGAGUGUCCAACAGCAAGUGACAGACGACUGCUCAGCAAGGGUGGCAGUACGGUAUGAAAUUGGUUCUUAAAUACGGUACGAUAUUACGGUACAAUAUCCUUUCAUCAGGUACAGGUACGAAAGUAGAGUAUUUUUUUACGUACCUUUUCGUACCCUAUUCGUAAUCGAUCUAUUAACUCAGGUAAUCGAUCUAUUAAAUAAAAGCUAAGCAUCUGAAUUUAUUAUAGUCAUUUUACUCUCUUUUCUUUAAAGGCGACUACAAGAAUGUAACACAUUAGUUAUCAAAAAACUAAAAUGGCAGGCAAGAUGAUUUUCUCAAACCACAUACCAUUGAUAACGGAUGAGAAUUUAAAGAUUUUUUUCAACAUUUCGAAAUUAUGCGAUUUCAAUAUUUUUUGUGAAUUCGAGAAAAAAAUCAAACAUGUGUAAUAAAAGGACUCGAACACUUCUUUCUGUCUUCGUGUCUUUAUUCAGGUUCACGUCUUUACCCACACGGCACUCUGUUAUAACUCCUGUAUUUGUAGCCCCCGGCUAUUCACUGCUAUUAUAGCUUCCUCACCCCUCUGACUCUCUGCUUCAUCUACUGUAACCUCCUCCCUGCAGACUUGCUGCUACCCCUAUGUGCAGACCCUCUGGCUGUCACUGUAUGCAGACCCGCUGCCCACUCUCUCUGUGCAGCCCCGCUGCUGACUGCAGCCUCCUCGCUGCUUCGGGUCGGUCACCGCUGGCCAACGGUGCCGAUCCUCGCUCCCCCCGUGUUCGUGGCGAUCUCGCCACACCCCUCUUCGCCCUUCGUGGCCUUCCUCUGUUCCUGUUUCCCCGUCACUCCCCCUGCUCUUCCGGUUCCCCUCCUUCUAUACUCAACCCCUCUCCCCCCACGUGACCUAACUCCUCCCCCCCUGACGGCACCUCAGAAGGGCCGUUUACAACCGCAUUACAU